AUGUUUAGAGCUUUAAUUCUUUUAAUAUCCAUUUUAUUCAUUUCUUCAUUUGCAAAUGCUGAUUAUUUAACAUCAGGAACAUGGGAUAAUACAGCAAGUCCAGGAGUAACAGCAGCUCAAAAGAAUAAUAUUACUGGUACAUCAUACUUGAAAUUUAUUGAUCGUAGUGAUGAUCAAUGGAUGAUUGUUUACACGGUCAAUCUAAAUUCACUAGGUAAUGAUCCCGCUAUUGACCUUUCCAAAGUAGAACUGGUCACUCUUGAAGGAUUUGCCAAUAGAUCAGCCACUGGUAACGACUUUAACGUAACUCUUCCAGCCUCUUCAUUGAGUAGAAAUGCCACCCACUUUUACAUUAACGGUACCGUCACUGAACCAUCAAGCUCUAAUUUUACUAAAAAGUUUGAUUCUAUCAACAACAAGUUUACCAAUGAAACCACCCCACUCUACUUGACCCUCUAUUCUAUCAACUCGGUUGACAAUUCUACCAUCAUCCUUUCUCGUUCUCAACAAGUUUGGGAUCCAAUCCACAACAAUAAUGGAAAUUAUUUAAUUCCAACAAUUAUUAUUCCAAUUAUUGCUAUUAUUAUUUCUUUAUUCUAA